AUGGCGCACAUGACGAACCCAUUGGCGACGGCCGAGCAGCUCUACAAGCGCAACUCCUUCAGCUCGCUCCCGGCCGACCUGCAGGAUGUCAUCUUCUACUCGACGCAGUGCCUGACCCAGGCGGCUGGCGUGCUGCUCGACUUGCCACAGUCGACCACGGCGCAAGCAAACGUCCUCCUGGCGCGGUACUGGCUCGUCGAGUCGCCAAUGGCGGCGGAAUUCAGCGACGUAUCCGCCGCAGCUCUCUACCUAGUCUGCAAGAUGGGACCGCUCCCGCGCACGACCCGCGACAUCUCAAAUGUGUACGCCUACCUACUCUCGCCCGCGUCGCCCCUCUUCCGCGGCGAGCCCCCAGACCCUACUGUGCGCCGCCCGGAUCCGACGACGUACUACCAGGCGGACGGCGAGUACGCCGCCUUCCAGACGCGGAUGCUGGCGGCCGAAGCGCGGAUCCUCUGGGCCCUCGGGUUCGACACGGCGGUGGCACUGCCCCACGCACUGGCUGUGACGUACCUCCAGGCGCUGGACUUCCUGGGGAAGCCCAAGGCCGAGAUGGCCGGCCGCGUGGUGGCGCACCUGAACACGGCGCUGCUGAGCCCGCAGAUGCUAUACCUCACGCACCAACCCCACGCGCUGGCGACGGCAGCAGUGUAUAUCGCGGCCAGGGAGGCUGGCGCCAAGAUGCCCGAGGUGGCCUGGUGGGAGGUGUUUGAUGUCGAGAGGGAGGAGCUCGGUUUUUUGGUUGUGGGGAUGCGAAGUCUUGAGGGCUGGGUGAGGAGCCUGAAGGAGACUGGCCUGCUGACCCGCGGAAUGCUCACGAGAAGUGGGAUCGAGAGAGAAGCGAGGAGACGGGCCGGAGAGGGCGACGAGGAGGAUGAGAUUAUGGCGCUGAUGGACCAGAAAACGGUCUAA